ACUUGAGCGGAGCGCAUGAGCGCGUCCCUGAACGGCAGAGUGGAUAGAGGAGUGGAUAGAAGAGCGGAUAGAGGAGUGGAUAGAGGAGCGGAUAGAGGAGUUGAUAGAGGAGCGGACAGAGGAGUUGAUAGAGGAGCGGACAGAGGAGUUGAUAGAGGAGCGGACAGAGGAGUUGAUAGAGGAGCGGACAGAGGGGUGGGGCAGGUUAUUUUAAUAGAUCCAUGAGCAGGUAGAGCUGUGCGAGGCGCGCGGGGUGUGUGUCUGUGAAUUCCAGUUAUGGGGGCUGUUUUGGGGGCCUUCUCACUCGCAGCCUGGGUGCCGUGCCUGUGCAGCAGUGCCACUUGUCUCAUAUGCAGCUGCUGCCCCCACAGCAGAAACUCCACCGUCACCAGGAUCAUCUAUGCCUUCUUCCUGCUGCUCGGGACUAUUGUUGCCUGUGUUAUGCUGUCUCCAGGCGUGGAUAAACAACUUAAGAGGAUCCCGGGUUUCUGUGAAGACGGUACAGGCUCCACGGUACCAGAUUUACAGGCUAAUAUCAACUGUAAAAUGUUUGUCGGUUACAAAGCUGUGUACCGGGUCUGCUUUGGCAUGAGCAUGUGGUUCCUGGGGCUGUCUGUUUUCAUGAUAAAUGUCAGGAAUAGCAGAGACCCUCGAGCUGCUAUACACAAUGGAUUUUGGUUCUUUAAGUUUGCAUCUUUAGUGGCAAUAAUAGCGGGUGCCUUCUACAUCCCAGAUGAGCCCUUUACAUAUGUGUGGUUUAUAAUUGGCUGUGGUGGAGCCUUCUUCAUCCUGAUACAGCUCAUUCUGCUGGUUGACUUUGCCCACUCCUGGAAUGAGGCCUGGGUGAGGAACAUGGAUGCAAGUAAUUCCAGGGGCUGGUAUGCAGCCUUACUGUCAGUGACAAUCUUUAACUACCUGCUGUCAGUGGUGUCUGUAAUCAUGUGCUUCAUGUUCUACACAAAACCUGGCCAGUGUCAUCUCAACAAAUUCUUCAUUAGCUCCAACAUGCUGCUCUGUAUUGUAGCCUCUGUCAUCUCCAUUCUGCCUAAAGUCCAGGAGAGUCAGCCCCGCUCAGGUCUCCUCCAGUCAUCUAUCAUCACCCUGUACACCAUGUUUCUGACCUGGUCCGCAAUGACCAAUGAGCCUGACCGUGAGUGUAACCCCAGCCUGUUGAGUAUUUUCCAGCAGAUCGCAGCUCCAACCUUGCCCCCUCUGGUGAUGGAGAAUCAGUCAGCAGUGGUGAUCAUAGGCACCGAGGAGCCUGUACUGACCUCCCCCUACCUCGAGUGGUGGGAUCCACAGAACAUUAUUGGACUCACUAUUUUUGUACUCUGCAUUCUCUAUUCAAGUAUCCGUUCCUCCAACACAAGCCAGGUGAACAAGCUGACAAUGGCAUCUAAAGAGACAGUGAUCCUUGCGGAAAGUGGCAGCAGUCCGGACCUGUCAGAGGAGGUGCCCGGGCCCAGACGAGUCCAGGAUAAUGAGCAGGACAUGGUGCAGUACAGCUACUCCUUUGUCCACUUUAUGCUCUUCCUGGCCUCUCUUUACAUCAUGAUGACCCUCACCAGCUGGUACAGCCCAGAGGUGGACUACACUGUCAGCAGCACAUGGCCUGCCGUUUGGGUGAAGAUCUCUUCUAGCUGGGUGUGUCUGGCCCUCUACAUAUGGACGCUGGUGGCCCCCAUGAUCCUCACCAACCGGGACUUUACCUAAACCCACUAGUCUAGUGUCUUUUUUCCCCUUUUUUAACAGUUCAAAGACUUUGCCAGAUGUACUCUAGUGCCUGAUGUCUCUAUCACUAUAAUUGCCAAAUGCAAGCAGGUGAUGUAAAAAAUAAUAAAUAAAACUGUAAAUUAUGAGCAACACAGUGUAAUAGCUGUAUAAACAGGUAUUUAAUUAUAUUUUCAGUUCUUAAUAUACAAUGUGAAGUGUGUUACUCUGCCCGAAAUACAUUUUGUGUUACUUUUCAUGUGUAUGUUUCAUGUUUUGCUACUCUUUUCUAAAGUCCAUAAAAAUCGAGAAACUG